GUUAAAUAAAAAUUUACAAUAGAUAACUGUUUUGUGAAAUUAUUACAUUUUGGUUAUUGUUUGCGAAUUGUAAUAUUUCUUGUCUUAUUAUUGCUUUUAGAAAAUUAUGUCUGGUGAAAGUACUAAACAAAAUAGUGGAAGUGUUAGUGGUUGUGUGACAUUUGUAUCUCCAACAAAGAUAUCUGCAAAAGCGAAUCCAUAUUUCGAUGUGUACGUCAAAACAAGUCCUUCAGAAUCUAAGAAGAUACGAGUGAUGUCCACUAGCAGUAUGAAGAGAAAUCUGUUUACCGAAAAAGAAGAAAGCAAAGAACCCGUUAGAUUAAUUGGGUUGUCACCAACUAAAAGUAACAUGUUCUUUUUUAAUAGCAACACCGGUGGACAGGUUGAGGAAAACAAGGAUGUCACAUUCCAGUACCUAGAUUUAAGUGACUUGACAAUAAAACAUGUUUUAGAACAUGGCAUAAGUGGCACCUUUACCUUACAAGGAAAAAUUAAGUGGAUUCAAGAAGAACGUGUGGUCCUUGUUGGACAAGGAAAAACAAAAAAGUUUGUUCGAGACGGUAUCAUGGCAGAUGAAUCUUCGCAUAUUGCAAUUACUGUUUGGUCACCGCUAAUUGAUAUUGUAGAACAAGAUGUCUCCUUGUCCGUGUCAGAUUUAGUCCUACAGAGCAAAUAUGGGAUGAAACUCUCCACCACAACUUCGACAGAAAUAAAAGAAACUGAUGAGAUCAUUGAAGUGGACUGGGCAAAAAUACCAAUAAUAAAAGACCUGAUGCCUUCAAAAAUCUGUUGCCUGGAAAUACUAUCACUUAAAGAAGAUGGCUAUAAAUCUUGCGUAAACAAUUCAUGUUUAAAAAAAGUAACUCCGUUUCCAGGAGAGUCGUUAGUAAAAUGCUUUUCUUGCGGGUGGAAAAUGAAGGUCACAAGAUGCACAGAUACGUUUACAGUUGAACACUUAUGGAAUCAGAAAGCAAACAAACUGUUGUAACAGUUUUCCCCCAACUGGUAAACAAGCUGUUUCCAAACGUGCCUAAAGACCAAUUGGAAAUGAAUUUUUAUCGAUGGAGCACUUUGACUUUACAGUUAGCAAAACAAAAAUCGCUUCAGCCAUAUCAAAGCACUCCAAUGGCAGUGACAUCGAGGAUACUGAAGAGUAAAGCUGAUAUA